AAGGAGGCAGACGUUAGGAAAUUCAAAAAUUCAAAAAUAAUAAAAAAAAAGAAGAGGAUAUAGGAAGCCAUGUAAAAUAGGCAAACGACAACGACUUCCGUCUUCCCACCAACAAAGUCUGGCGCUCAAAUCCAAUCUCUCUGCCUGGGCGGCCGACCUUCUUUCCCAAUCUAAUCUCAAUCUAAUCCUUCUUAAACCCUAGUGUUUUUUUUUUUUUAAUACUUUUUUCUACCAUGAAAUCCUAGCACAAGCUUAAGCUCCCAAUUCCAGAAAUAACCUUAUCUUUUUAUUUGUUUUAUCCAUGAGAGCUGAGACUCUUUCUGAUUCUGUUUUCAUUUCGCGGAACUCUCUCACGUGAUCGUCCUCUCGGUCUGUCAGAUAGUGCGUCGUAAAGAGGUAAUGCGUUGAUCGUAAUUGUAUCAACCUACAAAGAUUGUUUGUGUGUGUGGAACAAAGAUGGAAGCUAAUGGAAAGGAAGACUUUAACGUACCUCUGUUGGAGAACUCAGACGAAGUUGCAAUCACUGUCUCUGAAUUGGAUUACAAAAAAGAUGAGAAAAUUAGAACAGUUAUGUUCAGAGUAAGAGGUAUUGAAUGUGCAUCUUGUGCAACCUCCAUAGAAUCUGCACUUGGAAAUCUCAGUGGGGUCCGGAGCAUCACUGUGUCACCGCUUCAAGGCCAGGCUGUUGUCAAAUAUGUACCUGAGCUCAUUAAUGCCAAAAAAAUUAAGGAAACACUGGAGGACACAGGUUUUUCAGUUGAUGAUUUUCCUGACCAAGAUAUCGCAGUUUGCCGGCUCAGGAUUAAAGGGAUGGCAUGUACAAGCUGCUCUGAGUCUCUUGAACGUGCCCUUCAAAUGGUUAGUGGAGUGAAAAAGGCAGUAGUUGGUUUAGCCCUUGAAGAAGCAAAGGUUCACUUUGAUCCAAGCAUCACUGAUACUGAUAAAAUCAUUGAAGCAAUUGAAGAUGUGGGCUUUGGGGCCAAUCUAAUUGGUGCUGUGAAUGAUGUGAACAAAGUGCAUCUAAAACUUGAAGGAGUUAAUUCUUCAGAAGACAUGGCUGCAAUAAAGUCCUCUCUUGAGUCAGCUGAGGGUGUGAAUCAUGUUGCUAUUGACAUGGCAGAAAAUAAGGUUACAGUUAGCUAUGACCCUGACUUCACUGGUGCACGGUCUCUUAUACAAUGCAUCCAAGAUGUAGGACAUAGCUCCAAAACUUACAGUGCAAGCUUGUACAAUCCUCCAAGACAAAGAGAAAAAGAGCAGCUUCAUGAAAUUGAGAUUUAUAGAAACCACUUUCUGUUCAGCUGCCUAUUUACAGUUCCUAUAUUUAUGUUCUCCAUGGUACUUCCUAUGCUUCCUCCAUAUGGUAACUGGUUAGAUUACAAGAUUCAUAACAUGCUCACUAUUGGAAUGUUUUUAAGUUGGAUCCUCUGCACACCAGUGCAGUUUAUUGUUGGCCGGAGGUUCUAUGUGGGAUCAUAUCAUGCAUUAAGACGAAAAUCUGCUAACAUGGAUGUUCUGGUUGCGCUGGGAACUAAUGCUGCGUAUUUUUACUCUGUCUAUGUAGUGAUUAAAGCACUGACUUCAAAAACAUUUGAUGGCCAAGAAUUUUUUGAGACCAGCGCCAUGUUGAUAUCUUUUAUACUCUUGGGGAAAUAUUUAGAAGUUGUUGCUAAAGGAAAAACAUCAGAUGCCUUAGCGAAGCUCACGGACCUUGCUCCUGAUACAGCUUAUUUGUUAACAUUCGAUGGUAAUGGGAAUGUCGUCUCAGAGACGGAAAUUAACACUCAACUAAUACAGAGGAAUGAUGUUAUUAAGAUUAUGCCUGGGGCAAAAGUUCCUGUUGAUGGAAUCAUCAUAGAUGGUCAAAGCCAUGUGAAUGAGAGUAUGAUCACAGGAGAAGCAACUCCAAUUGAAAAGAGAACUGGAGACAAGGUUAUUGGUGGGACGAUGAAUGAGAAUGGAUGCUUACAUGUUAAGGCCACCCAUGUUGGAUCAGAGACAGCACUUUCCCAGAUUGUUCAACUUGUAGAAGCUGCUCAGCUUGCCCAAGCACCUGCUCAGAAGCUAGCUGAUCAGAUUUCAAGAUAUUUUGUUCCUACAGUUGUCACUCUGGCAUUUUUGACAUGGUUAGGAUGGUUUAUCCCUGGAAUUGCCGGUAUAUAUCCUAAACAUUGGAUACCGAAAGCCAUGGAUGAAUUUGAGCUUGCACUGCAGUUUGGUAUUUCAGUUUUGGUGGUUGCUUGCCCAUGUGCUCUGGGUCUAGCAACACCAACAGCAGUCAUGGUAGCCUCAGGGAAGGGUGCUUCUCAAGGUGUUCUCAUCAAGGGUGGAAAUGCACUUGAAAAGGCACACAAGGUGAAAACUAUUGUUUUUGACAAAACAGGAACACUAACAAUUGGGAAGCCAUUGGUGGUUAGUGCCGUACUCUUUAAUAGCUUUUCAAUGGAGGAGGUCUGUGAUGUGGCUACAGCUACAGAGGCAAACAGUGAACAUCCAAUUGCAAAAGCUGUGGUCGAGCAUGCUAAGAGUCUGCGUCAAAAGUUUGGGACCCAUGUUGAACAUAAUGUGGAUGUUAAGGAGUUUGAGGUGCACCCGGGAGCUGGGGUGAGUGGAAAAGUGGGUCAUAGAAAAAUUUUGGUUGGGAACAAAAGACUUAUGCAUUCUUGUAAUGUCACAGUUGGUCCUGAGGUUGAAAGCUAUCUAUUGGAGAAUGAGCAACUGGCUCGAACAUGUGUUUUAGUUGGUAUUGAUGGAAAAGUCGCUGGAGCUUUCUCUGUAACUGACCCUGUGAAACCUGAGGCUGCACGUGUAAUAUCUUUUCUACGCUCAAUGGGCAUCUCCAGCAUCAUGGUGACAGGUGAUAACUGGGCUACGGCAAGUGCUGUCAGAAAGGAGGUUGGCAUUGACGAUGUCUUUGCUGAGACUGAUCCAAUUGGAAAAGCGGAAAAGAUUAAAGAAUUACAGAUGAAAGGGGUAACCGUGGCAAUGGUUGGGGAUGGAAUUAACGACUCACCAGCCUUAGUUGCGGCUGAUGUUGGCAUGGCAAUUGGUGCCGGGACUAAUGUAGCUAUAGAAGCAGCUGACAUAGUUCUCAUCAAGAGCAACUUGGAAGAUGUGGUGACAGCUAUAGACCUCUCUAGGAAAACUAUGUCCAGAAUCCGGCUAAACUACGUCUGGGCCCUGGGGUACAACAUCCUUGGCAUGCCAAUUGCUGCCGGAAUUUUAUACCCUUUUACCGGAAUCCGGUUGCCACCUUGGCUCGCCGGUGCUUGCAUGGCUGCUUCAUCACUUAGUGUGGUUUGUUCAUCUCUCCUAUUGCAAUCUUAUAAGAAACCUUUGCAAGUUCACCGCACCUGAGUAUCACAUUAUUUGUCAAUUACAUAUGGAAAUUUACUGUUGGGAUGAUUAUUAGCCAUAAUUUGUAGUUUCCAUUAUGCUCAUUGAUGCAGUAGGCGUAAAAAAAAGAUUGUAUUUAUUGCCUUUUUAUUUUUCCUCCAUUGUAUGUUUAAGUGGUUUGGUUUUUAUUUCCAUGUUCAUAUUUUAGUUUCGCAGGAAAAUAAAACCUGUUAAUUUCCUUAAAAGAAUUGCAUAAUCAUGCAAUUUUUAUCAUUGAACAUAACAUUUUUUACUAACCGUUUAUCAUUUUCUGUUAUAAACCUCACAGAUCAAUUCAUGGUGAAUUCCUAGCUAAUCAAAUCAUACGGAUGUUGUCAAUUUAGCUGUAUUCCUAACAAGAUUGAUACCUAAAUGCAUAUAAAAACAAAAAAAAAAAAAAAAAGGAUACAAUUCAUCAUCUAUUUUUCUCAUUAAGAACAAAAGAAAAAAAAAAAAGAGUUAUAUUUUCAGCUCAAAUAUAAUAUGAAAAGAUGACUGAAAUGAAAACAAUUUUGUUUUUGAUUUGUUUUUAUGUUCUUAAUUCCUCCUUAGUUCUUCUAAUCGGAUCAAAAGGUAUUGAACCCUUAUGAAGGAAAUAUUAUACUUUUAUUGUAAGAGAUUAUUUGGUGCCUUCCUAAAAGCGUCACCAAAUGAAUGAAUACCAAUUUCGUAGUUGAGACGUCACUGCUAAAAGAGAAAAGAAAAAAUAAAAGUACAAUAAAGUAAAAGAGAAAAAGGAAAAUGAGAAUUACAAUAAAGCAUAAAAAAGGUAUACAUUUUUAAAAAGCAAUAUGUAAGAUGUAGCCAUGUAAGUGAAACCCAAAAAAAAAAAGAAAAAAAAAAAAAGAAAAAAAAGGGUAAGUUGUAUUAUUAUUUAGGUAUGACUCCUAUAAAAUUAAAUAGAAAAGACACAGAGGGGUUUUCGGGCCGAUACGUCGCAUUUGGCUGCCCUAGCUGGAGUGUCUCGGAGACUCGGACUUGGCUCGGUUACAUCGAAUGCUCUCUUAUUCUUAAUGCAUCGGACUGUCUGAAGACAAUUUUCAUCAUCUACUUGUCGGAAAUCUGGCUGUUGUUCAUCAUUCAUCAAAGUGUCCUGUGAGGGAACUCUGCAAAAUGGUGAGCUACAUCGCUUCUCGCCAGGAUGAUGCAGAAUCUUAAUUGGGUGAUGAAAAAGCAAAUGACACAGAAGGCUUGGCACGAAUACCCUUUUGGCGUUUAAAGUUGUUUUAAAAGUAUAAAUUUGAUGGUCUAUCUAAAUUUUCUGGACCUUGCUGUUUAAAUGGUUGGAACCGAUGGGAGGGACGUAUGUAUAUGUCUCUCGUAACGCAAGCCUUCCUCCUAAAUACCCAUUUGGCGUUUUAAGUAGUUAUAAAAAAUAAUAAAUUUGAUGGUGUGUAUGUGUUUUUUAGACCUUGCUGUUUGUACGGUUGUAACCCAUGAGCGGGACGCGUGGGACAUGCUUCAAUUCCUCGUCGAUGCAACCGGAAAAAUAAAGAAAAAUAAAUAUGGUUCUGUCUAGUUCUAAAUUUUGAAUCGAAUUUAUCAUAAUUAUAAGUCCAUUUCACGUA